GUCAGCCAAAGAUCAAUUUGUUUUCUCCCAAAAACAUAUCUGAAACGAAAAAAAAAAAAAAUCGACAGAGAUCGAGUCCGGAUUUCUCUCGGGAGAUGUCUCUUCGUGCUUUCUUGCCCGUCGAGACAUUGACCUAAUCUCCGAGUACGAUCACCGGAACAAGAACACAAACCUCUCCACCCGGAAAAAAAAACACAAAAAACAAUCAUGUGGAUUUCGAGGUUGAAGAGAGUUAGGAAAACGAUUAUGAUUCUCAUCAUCGCCAAUUUGACCGUGAUUGUCUCCGGCGGUGUUCUGUCUCUCGUUUCCAACUCAAACUGCGACAGCGCCGCCCAACUGUUUCCCCUCUACGCCGUUUGUGUAGCCGCUUGCGUCAAACUCGCUGCCAUGGUUAAGGUUGGCACCACACAGGAGCUUAUGGCUAUGACCAUCAUGGAGUCUCCUACUCAUUACAGCCUCGAAAGAAAGUUGAAGUAUAAGACGUGGCUUUGGUGGACUCGGUUUGCAAUGGUAAUUACUCUAUUGCAGUUUCUUGGUGCAGCCUACCUUAUGUUCCGUGUCUCCACCUUUGUUUCCCCUAAUGGAAUGCCAAAGCAUUGCGUUUUAGGGCUAUCUCCAGAUACUCGUGGGUGGAAGCAAACGCUGCAGGUUUCCUUCUUGAUCACUGUUUGCUUUGUUGCGUUGGCUCAAUGCUUUACGGGAUCAGAUAUAUUGCAAUGGAGAUCUUUCUAUGCAACUCAAGAUGAUGCCUGGAAAGCUCAUUACCAAGAGGUGUUUGACCAUGGGAUUCGUGAAGUUUUGUGCUGUCUUGGACGUCGCGAAUAUAUGGGUGUUAUUGAGGAAGAUGAAGUGUGUUCAGUUGCAAGACUGCUUGGUGAUCUUGUUUCAUAUCGUGCAUCAGGCACUGGCCAUUUGGAAUUUUUGGCAGGCCUUGCACUGUUGCAGAAUAAUAGCAAGUUUCAUGAAUCAUAUGAGGACUGUAUGGAAGCUCCAGCGUUUCAUCUUCAGGAGGCUGCUACGUUGCAUAAGUUUGCAGAAGCUGCUUAUACUGGGCCACUGCUCGAUGUUGGGAGAAAUCCUGCCUUAUUUUUAUGCACAUGGAUAUGUAGGCAAGGGAUUUUAACACCUUGGAGCCGUAAAUGGCGGCCUAAGCUUGAUGGUGACAAUUGGUGGCGAGGUCAUGCAGCUGCCUUCCUCAAGUUCAUUGAUUUUCCUGCUCAUGUUCUUAGACGAGGUCGAAUUUGUAGUGAGAAGUGUAAAGCAACGUACUUCGUUGUAGUCUUACAUUAUCUUAGAUGUGUUGUAAUUGCUGUUCGAGGAACAGAGACGGCUGAAGAUCUCAUAACUGAUGGUUUAGGUCGUGCCUGUUCACUAACUGCUGAAGACUUGGAAGGGCUAACAAAUAACAUUCAUGUGAUGGACUCUUCUCGUAUACACUAUGGGCAUUCAGGAAUAGUAGAAGCUGCAAGAGAUCUGUUUAUGCAAAUAGAAGGUGAACCAAAAUUUGGAGAAUCAGAAUCUAUGGGGUUCAUGUCUUCGUUAAUUGGUGAUGGAUGCGAGUGUGAUGGUUACAGCAUUCGCAUCGUUGGACACUCCUUAGGAGGUGCGAUUGCCUCGUUACUAGGAAUUAGACUUCGUUGCAGGUUCCCUAACCUCUAUGUAUAUGCAUAUGGACCACUCCCAUGUGUAGAUUCAGAUGUGGCAGAAGCUUGUUCAGAAUUUGUAACAAGCAUUGUACUUGAUAACGAGUUCUCAUCACGGCUUUCUUAUGGAUCAAUCCGCCGACUCCAAGUAGCAGCGCUAAAAGUGCUGUCUCAAGACCCUAAAGCUGAUACAGCACUCAUUUUCAGACUCGCACGCCGGUUCUUGUCUGCCAGCAAACGCCAACGACAAAAUGUUGUUGAAGAAGGAGAACAAGCAAUACCAUUAUCAAUAACUGUUGAAGAUUCUCGGGAAGAAGCUGAACCAGAAAUGAUGCAACAUGACGAAGAGUUUAUAAAUCCGUUCCACGAGAUGGUGGCCUCAACAGAUAAUCUUGUGACUCAGUUUAUGGAAACAGUGCCAACAAGAGGAGAAGAAGAUGAAGAAGCUCCGGAAAUGUUCUUGCCCGGUUUAGUCAUUCAUAUUGUACCAGAAGUAAACAACAUGAGUGUGCCGAUAUGGCGAGGCUGGCCGAUCUGUGAUGUGACAGGUACUGGUUACAAAGCUUAUGUUGCAAACAAAGAGAGCUUUAAAGAACUUAUGGUUUCUCCAUCAAUGUUCCUUGAUCAUCUUCCUUGGAGGUGUAGACAUGCGAUGCACAAGGUUCUAGAGUCUCGAAAUCUCUUUUGCGAUCAGACAAGUGAACCUGAUAUAGUAGUAGUAUGACACAGAGACAUGAAAGAUGUUUGGAAUAAACAACAAAAUGUGCAUAUAUGUUUCUAUCUUAUAUAUUAAAACAGAAGUUAUAACUUGAAUUCAUGUGUGAUUUUUUUUUUAAAAAUGG